AUGUACUUUCAUUCUGGAAAAAAUAAAAAAAUCUCUUUCAUCAGUGGAGCUGGUGGUUCAAUUUACUUUGGUGACACCGACAUAAGUUUGCUUCCUGAACUGGUAUGGACAUCAUUCAUAUAA